CGUUUUGUUUCCCCCUUAACAGAGAAAAUUUCACAGACCCCAGCUUGUGCCUCCUUCACACAGAAUCUCGGAAGUCGGAUUUCAAAGGAAGACUCUUGCACUGUUCCAGCUGUCGUACAGAGCAAUUGGGGCCAGCUGGAUGUCAGGAUGCAAGUGGUUACUAUUAUAAUACUACUUUUCUUCAGUCAAGCAGCUGAUUUUAGGAAAGCACGAAAUGGGAAUUCAAGGAAGAAAACAAACCAUGGGAGAACAAGCCGCUUAGGAAAAGUAUCCGGUCUAGUGAAACGCUUUUCCCCAAACCCUCCGUGCGACAUCUACACUUACCUGUUUGAGAAAUAUUUAGAUUGUCAAGAAAGGAAAUUGACAUUUGUCCUGCCCGAGUGGCCGGAAGAUUUAAAGCACAUGCUCUUGGCCCAAAACGCAUUCCGUAAGCUGAAGAACAACAUGUUCUCCAAAUUCCAAAAACUGAAAAGUCUCGAUUUGCAACAGAACGAUAUCUCCAAAAUCGAGGAUCAAGCUUUCUGGGGUUUGAACAAGCUGACUACCUUGUUACUACAACACAAUAAGCUCAAGGUUUUGUCGGAGGAGGUGUUCAUUUACAUGCCUCUCUUAAGUUACUUGCGCCUGUACGGCAACCCCUGGCACUGCAACUGUCAGAUGGAAUCGCUUAUAACGACGCUGCAGCUUCCAAGAAACAGGAACUUGGCAAAUUACGCCAAGUGCGACUAUCCAGAAGAAGUGAAAGGUCGAAAGCUCAAGGAGAUACAAGUCGAAGAGUUCUGCAGUGGCGACAAAGCGGACUUACCCCCAGCACCCAAACCCGAAAUCGCUAAACCUGAGUUUGACUUUUCGCGUUGUCACACGUAUGUGUUUCCUUUAAAAACCCUGGAUUGCAGGAGGAAAGAUUUAAGAAAAGUCCCAAGCAAUAUAUCUCCAGACACAGUUAAACUUGAUCUUUCCAGUAACAAAAUCAAUAUAUUACGACCCAAGGAGUUUGAAGACAUUGAUGACCUGAAGAUGUUAAAUCUCAGUAGCAACGGACUAGUCCACAUAGAUCCAGCUGCUUUUGCAGGCCUCAUCAAUCUGGAAGAACUAGAUCUAUCAAACAACUCCCUACAAAAUAUUGAAUAUGGCGUUCUAGAACAUUUGUACUUUUUGAAAAUACUGCGGCUUAAAGAAAACCCUUGGAGAUGCGACUAUAAUAUCCAUUAUCUUUUCUACUGGCUGAAGCACCACUACAAUGUUCAUUAUAACGGCCUAGAAUGCCGAAAACCUGAAGAAUAUAAAGGAUGGUCGGUUAGAAAGUACGUCAGAAGUUAUUUUGAGGAAUGUCCCAAAGACAGGCUACAGAUUUAUCCAGACGUAUUUGAGGAUAACGAAACGGAAGAACCAACUCCAAAACAUUCGGUCAUUGUCAGAAUAAUAGAUUAAUUGGCCCACUAGUAUAAUCCAAACCUUUGGUAUUUUUUAUAUAAGAGGAAGGAUCAUUUAUAUAUUUUGAUACUGUCACUGUGGUGUUUGUUCAUGACGGACUAUCUGCUAAACUAUUUUUGAGUACUAAUCACGAGACGGCAUUCAUUGCAUUGUUCUUUAUAAACGUGCUAUUUUUAA